UUGGACUUCCUUGUUGAGAACGAAAGUUUCGAAAGCGAUACGUCGCCGUGACGUAAUGCCAUCCAUUUCCUGCUGGAGAAGGGGCAUGCACUGAGAAUCAGUCCGUGAGAGGUGCCUGCCCUGUGUACAUAUAAACCCCAUCUUGCUCUCCUGUUUCAAUCUCACUUCACUUCCAUCAAACCAUCGAUAUCCUACCAUCUUAUACCACAUCAUUACUAUUACCACUUCAACACAAACACCCUCAAAGACUUAUAUACAACACCAACAUCAGACCUCAACAUGCAACCCCAACACCAUACCACGACCGGCGGGCCGCACUCCAGCAAUUUGGCGAACAAGUUGGACCCCCGCGUUGAUACAGAUCGAAACGGCCUUGGGGCUACGGGAGCUCCGGGUGCCUAUAAUGAUGGCACUACCACUGCUGGCAGUGGCUUGACCGGCACCGGCCAAUAUCCCGAUGGCACCACUGCAGACACUGGCUUGGCCGGAGCUGGCCAUCACACUGCCGGUACUGGCUUGACUGGCACUGGCCAUCAAACUGCCGGUACUGGCUUGACUGGCACUGGCCAUCAAACUGCCGGCACUGGUUUGACCGGCGCUGGCCAUCACACUGCUGGCACUGGCUUGACCGACAAUCGCCAUCAGACAGCUGGCACCGGGCUCACCGGCACCGGCCAUCACACUGCUGGUACCACCGCUGGCACCGGGUUGACCGGCGCCGCCCAUCACACGACUGGUACGACCGGCACCGGCCAUCCUGCCAACAUGACUGCCCAACACCCCACCGGCCCUCACUCCAGCAACUUGGCCAACAAGGCCGAUCCCCGCAUCGAUUCAGACCGGGACUAUAGCUCAAACCUUGGAGCUACGCACGCCCCUGGUGGCUCCCACACCGCUGGAACUCACACGACCGGAAAUGGGUUGACAGGCGCCACAGCCGGAACUCACACGGCCGGCACUGCCCAACACUCCACCGGCCCUCACUCCAGCAACUUGGCCAACAAGGCCGAUCCCCGCGUCGAUUCAGACCGGGACUAUAGCUCAAACCUUGGAGCUACGCACGCCCCUGGUGGCUCCCACACCGCUGGAACCCACACGACCGGAAAUGGGUUGACAGGCGCGACAGGCGCCACAGCCGGAACUCACACGGCCGGCACUGGGUUGCCAGGAACCGGCCAUCAUACUACCGGAACCCACACGACCGGAAAUGGGUUGACAGGCACCGGCCAUCACAGUGCUGGAACUCAUACGACCGGCAAUGGGUUGGCAGGCACCGACCAUCAUACCGGAACCACGGGACACACCACCGGAACUGGUGUGGGAGGCACCGCUGGUCAUCACGCGAAAGGGACCACUAGCCAUCAUCACACCGGCACUUCAGCCGUUGGGCCAGCGCCCCACACCGCUGGGCCUCACAAGUCCGAUGUUCUGAAUAAGAUCGACCCCCGCGUCGAUUCCAACCAGGACGGCAGCCGCACCGUCGGUGGGAACAAGACUUAUUCUGCGUAAGUCGCUUGAUGGGGAAUCGGCGGAUGGAUGAACAUUCGCGGUGCUUUGAGACCCCUUAAUUUGCAUGGCACGACUCAUGAUAUCCUUAUGACGCUUCG